CGUCACACAUGAGCAGUGAAAGGGGAUGUAACGAGGCGGCGUCUCCUUCCCUGGCUACAUAGUCACCAACCCUGCACCGUGGCACUGAGCAGAGUCGAACACUCAGGUUUUGCCGUGCUUUUUUUGUUUUUGUUUUAAAUCUCACGAGCCACGGUCGACGUGUCUGCUCUCAUUUCUUAGAGCAUGGCAGAUUACUUAAUCAGCGGCGGCACCGGCUACGUCCCGGAGGAUGGACUCUCGGCGCAGCAGCUCUUCUCCAUCGGCGAUGGCCUCACAUACAACAGAUGUGACCAACACUCGGACGGUCAAACGGCUGAAGAGCUAUGCUCUAAAGGAGAAGGGUUGACUUACAAUGACUUCCUGAUUCUGCCCGGCUUCAUCGACUUCACCUCAGACGAAGUGGAUUUAACGUCAGCGCUGACCAAGAAGAUCACAUUGAAGGCCCCUCUCAUCUCCUCCCCCAUGGACACCGUCACAGAGUCAGCAAUGGCAAUUGCAAUGGCGCUAAUGGGAGGCAUUGGCUUCAUCCACCACAAUUGCACACCCGAAUUCCAAGCCAACGAGGUUCGCAAGGUCAAGAGGUUUGAGCAAGGUUUCAUCACAGACCCAGUGGUAAUGAGUCCACACCAGACAGUCAGUGACGUGCUUGAAGCCAAAAUGCGCCACGGUUUCUCGGGCAUCCCCGUCACCGAAACGGGCAAAAUGGGCGGGAAGCUGGUCGGCAUCGUCACCUCUAGAGAUAUCGACUUCCUGUCGGAGAAGGAUCACACCAAGCCCCUGGCGGAGGUAAUGACAAAGAGGGAGGAGCUGGUCGUCGCUCCGGCCGGUGUCACGCUAAAAGAAGCUAAUGACAUUCUGCAGCGCAGCAAAAAAGGCAAGCUCCCCAUUGUGAACGACAACGACGAGCUGGUGGCCAUCAUCGCCAGGACGGAUCUGAAGAAGAACCGAGACUACCCGCUGGCCUCCAAAGAUUCGCGCAAGCAGCUGCUCUGCGGCGCCGCCAUUGGUACCCGCGAUGAUGACAAGUACAGGCUGGACCUUCUGGUGCAGGCGGGUGUGGAUGUGGUGGUGUUGGACUCGUCACAAGGCAACUCAGUGUUUCAGAUCAACAUGAUCAACUACAUCAAGCAGAAAUAUCCAGAAUUGCAAGUGGCGGGAGGAAACGUGGUAACAGCGGCGCAAGCCAAGAAUCUGAUCGAUGCCGGCGUGGACGCACUGCGAGUGGGUAUGGGCUGCGGCUCCAUCUGCAUCACGCAGGAAGUUAUGGCGUGCGGGCGGCCUCAAGGGACCUCGGUGUACAAGGUUGCUGAAUACGCAAGGCGCUUCGGCGUGCCGGUCAUUGCUGACGGCGGCAUUCAGACGGUGGGGCAUGUAGUCAAGGCACUCUCAUUGGGAGCGUCCACCGUCAUGAUGGGCUCCCUGCUGGCAGCGACCACUGAGGCUCCCGGUGAGUACUUCUUCUCGGACGGCGUGCGACUCAAAAAGUACCGCGGCAUGGGUUCUCUCGAUGCCAUGGAGAAAAACACCAGCAGCCAGAAACGUUACUUCAGUGAGGGCGACUCUGUGAAGGUGGCACAAGGCGUGUCAGGCUCCGUGCAGGACAAAGGUUCCAUCCACAAAUUUGUACCGUACCUCAUAGCAGGUAUCCAACAUGGGUGUCAGGACAUCGGCGCCAAGAGUCUCUCGGUUCUCCGCUCCAUGAUGUACUCCGGAGAGCUCAAGUUUGAGAAGAGAACCAUGUCGGCACAGGUGGAAGGAGGCGUUCAUGGACUUCAUUCUUACGAGAAGCGUCUUUACUGAGCUGCGGAUGGGCCACCGUACCACCUUAUUCAAAAAGAAAGUGACCAAACGUUUAAAAGACAAAGAAAACGUUGGGGGGGCGGGGGGGGUUUACACGCAACAAGCGGCACAUCAGGGUUUCCAGAUGUUUACGGUACUACGUUUGUCGUCGUUUAUGCUUUUACGGGGUAAGCUCUCUUUGUUUACUUUGGAACCUCGGAGAGCCGCCUCCAAUCAGCACAGUCAAUCAUUCACGAGCCUAAAUAUCACACAACGGGACCAAAAAUUGAAUCUAAUCAGGUAUGUUUCCACGAGUAAGUUUGAUGUCAAAGCUGUACAGUUUCUUCGAGGUUUUGGAUGGAGCGAUGAAGGCUUUUUGAUAUGCAUGUUUUUUUUUUUUUUAAUUAUUAUUCCGCUUUGUUGGACCUGCAUACGUACUGCCAAGUAUAUUUAUACGUCCUCUUUUUGCAACGUCAAAACCGAAAAAGGAACCAGCCUGUUACCUUGUGUUAUGCUUAUCCUGUGGGUUUUUUUUUUUAACGACUUGUCAUUUUUACCACAAAAUUGCCUUGGCAAGUAGACAGGACACCCUUACAAAACAACUUGCUGCGCUUGUAUCGCUGUGUUUUGUUGUGUUAAGUAUAUGAUGUGGCCUUAUACUAAGGCCAUCACCGUUUUUACCAAAAGUACUUCACCCAGUGUUUGGUUGGCUUGACUAACAAAGUCUUGUAAUCGAAAGCGUAGAUGAAGAUAUAAGUUUAGACCUGCCCACAUACAGACAGUAUGACAUGUUUUUUCUUCUUAUUCUUUAUCGUCCAAAAUGGAGAAGACUACGUUAAUGAAGCAUUUGGUUUCUGGGAGAUGACCUGGUUAUCAUUUAAAAAGCGCUGCAGACGGCAAACAGAAAAGCUGCUUUACUGUUCAAUUUGGUGAAAAGAAAUAAAGAGAUUAAACUUU